GGUUGGAUGGGGCAGUUGGGAGUCACAAUACUGGGACUCCCUGUUGGGUAUCCAUUUCAAGUGGCACUGAAGCCGCAACCUGUGCGAUGAUAACGAGUAAGUGCUGCUCUGGGCAUUGCGAAUUGCAUUGGGUUUCCCGCAAAUUUAUGCAGCUUUAUAGGGGGCUGUUUAAAAGUUGGAAUGGCUUUGGUGCCACUGCCAGGAUAACAUAAAUAAUCAAAGCUUUUUUUCUAGAUAUUACUAAGGCUUUUUAUUUGGGUAAUUGAUUUUAUUUCUAUGUUUGAGAAGAAAAAUAUACAAGCCAAUAGGCACCAGUUUCUGUAAAAUUCUCUACUCUCAAUUUCAAAUUUCUUGAUUUUAUUGAUAAAUAAACUAUUGAAACCCCCCUCGCUGGUUAAUAAGCACAGCAUGCAAAUCAAUUGCCGGUCAUCGUCGGGCAUGUACCAAAACCAAUGGCACUCUUUGAGCCCAGUUAGUUGAACCCUGCCGUCUGGCGUCAGAGCAACGUGAACCGCAACAAACGUGACGAAAACGAAACCAUCUAUGAGUUUAAUGGCUCGAACAUCUGUCAAUUAUCAGGUAAAUUAGAGAGAAAUAUAACGAAUUCAAUGGCAAUUAUAACGUAUUUAACUGAAAACUGUAAACAGGCCAUGAUAAGGUCUUUUCUGGUGACUUUGUUGGCAAUAGUGCCUGAGAGUUCUGAACAAUUCUGGGACAUUACCCCCACCGUUAGACCCUUGCCCAGGUCAACCAUGAAGAGUUGCGACGAUUACAACGAUGUCAUAGGAUGGGUUACCUAUCAAAUGGAGAUAAACGGAAAAUUGAAGAGUUUUCAGCAAAAUUUGGGCACUUUACAGCAAAACCUUAACGAAAAAUCCUCUCUGAAAAAUUGCUGCUUUUACGAGAACAAAACUAUGGACAAGAUAAUGGAUGACAUUAAUAAAAUUUCGGGAGCCAAUGGUAACCAAAUUGGCGAACCUUUAAAGGCUAGUGGGGACAUGGGAAAGGAUCUGGAUAAUAUUUUGCCCAGAGUGAAGCAAGUGGUAGCGAAGGGAUUCAAAAGUUGCUGUGAAAAUCUUCAAGAACUGCUGAAGAAACUUGAAGAAGACUUGAAGAGGCAAUUGGAAGACCUUAAAAGGAAACUGGACUCAUCUACUGGCAGUUCUAAGGAUAAAGAAGAUCUAGAGAAGAAACUGAAGGACCUAGAGGAUCUAUUGAAAGACCUCAAGGAUCGUCUGGAAAAAUUAGAUAAGAAGUUAGCUGAAAAUAGCCAUUCAGAACAAAAAUGUUGUGCUGAGCUCGAUUCAAAAAUAAGGGAUCUCGAGAACCAAAUUAAACAAAUGAAGAACCAAUCGGAUGACAAAGCCAAGGAUUUGGAGAAUCAAUUAAAAGGCUUCAAGGACAAGCAGCAGGAUCAGGAAAACCAAAUGAAGGACCUCAAGAAAACAGUUGAAAAUCGAAUGGAAAAAGUAAAAGACUUAACAGAAAAGUGUGAAAAGAGUUGUGAUCGUGGAAACAACGAUUACCUAUCCGAUCUGGAAGCUAGAUUUGAUCAGCUGGAUAAGCUUAUGAAAAAUGUUUCCAAAAAUAUUGAUAACAACCAUUUGGGGGCAUCAGAUCCCAAUAUGGUUGCUAAAAUAAAGAUUUGUGAGGAAAAUGCCAAGAGCUUACAAAUAAUUGAAGCUCUUCUUAAAAACCUAACGAACUCCAGAUGUGACAAAAAUAAUGAUGAAAAUUGCCUUCAAUUAAACAAUCGAAUUAAGGAUAUGGAGCAGCAGAAAAAGGAUCUAGAUGAGAAGCUGGAAAAAAGUAUAAGCUGUUGCAAGGAAAUCGGGGAACUUAGGGAAAAAACUACAAGGCUGAAAAUUGAACUACAGAUCACUACUGAAAAAUAUGAGAAGCAUAUAAGUGGAAGUGAUGCUGACUACAAUAAGCUUAGAGAUCAACUGAUGAAUAAAUUGGCCGAACUGGAGGCUUUGAUUAAAAAAAAAGAACAGGAAAAGCCAACUCAAAAUGACAAGGACCUUGAUCAAAAAAUAAGGACUCUCCAAAUAGAAGUGACGAAGAUUCAGGAAACGUUGAAAGAUAUUAAAAAUCACCUCAAUGAUUUCUCCAACCUAAAUAAAAAUCAAUCCGACACCAUGAGAAUUAUGUUUAAUAAGUUGACUGAGGAGUUACUGCAGCUGAAACAGAAAUCCGGAGAACUUGAAACUAAGAUCGUCCUUCGAGUGGAAGAUCUAGAAAAUAAACUCCUUAAUAAUACCUUCAGUUCGAAUAUUGCCAAUGAUCGGUUGCAACGCAUGGAAAAUCUCUAUGAAAGUCUUCGUCAGGAUCUCGAUAAGGCCCAGAAAAAAUUUCAAAUCCUAAGUAAUUUAGAUCAAAUGGCCAAAGAUGCCCAAAGUAGGCUUCUAAAGCUGGAGGAACCUGUGAAUAACUGCCGAGGCAAAUGCUCGCAGAUUGAAAAGAUGGACGAUCUGAUUGAUAAAAUAGAGGACUUGGAAAAGAUUGCUAAAAUCCCCAGUCGAAAGAGACCAGUUACUUCAAAUGGUAAAGGGAAAAUGAUAAAAACAACAAAGACGACAAAGAAAAAUGUCAAUUCAUGGGUGGGUGGCAUUGAUUAUGUAACUUCAAAGACAGAAACGAAUAAAUCAUGGAACUCGAUAAGUUAAAAUAAAUAAAAACUCCUGCCAUAUGCAUAGAAAUUGGGAAUCCAUAUUGUGGACAAAUUUUUAAAAAUAAAUAUAAAUUAAAUCAUGAUCUUUUAGGCUUCAACCUUUGUAUCUUUCCUUUUGAUGUCAUAUCUUUCAAGUAGAGUUAUAGGACUUUAGUCAGUUGUAAUCAACUAUCAGUCCAAUAUAGAACAAAUAUAAGUCAAGAUAGCCGUAAAGGGAAAGGUUAAAUAAAUAUCCAAAAACCGAAUUCUACAAACCAUAUAAAAUGAAUAUUAAUUGGAAUGUUUCAGUAGUCCAAUCGGAGUACAAGAAAAUCGACAAAGCUCUUGAAAUAUGUUGCUCCAUGGAGGAGGAGAUCGAUGGCUGUCUCAAAAAUGUGGAGCAGAUGAAUCAAAAGUACAAUGCCCCUGGGCGGUACACUAUCGAUAUGGAGCCAUUUCGUAGUGACUAUCCAUCCACACUGAUUCCCACAGUGUCAUCAGCCGAAGUGACAUCGGUGCAGAACGUGGACUCGGAGAUGGAGAUGCUCGGUCAGUUGUAUGGGGCCAGGAGUGCCCAGGAGCUGGACGAGACCUAUGUGGAUGUCAGGUACAAGUUCAUAAAGUUGAAACGGGAGCUCGAGGGUACAGUGGCCCAUUGCCAGAGGGUUGUGGACCAUGCGGAGCGCCAGAAGAAGGUCACGCACCGCAUGCUAAAGGGAUCUCAGAGCACCAAGAAGCAUGUCUGCGUCCACAAGUAAUGGGUGGAGGAGGUUCUUGGCAACACUUGACAACUAUUCCAUCAUAGUCUAGGGAUGUGUACAAAAUACAAAUUGUCUCGACGCUUGGCAGCUUUUAUUAAAAAUUACCGUCACCA